AUGGCUAGAGGUUCACGUUUUCUUGAUGGCGCAAAUCCACCUAUUUUGCAUCCACCACCUUCACCGUUGCCACCGCCGCCGCUUCAAGUCGGUAUACAGCUCUGCAUCGUAUUCACGGUGCUUGUCUUCAAGUUCCUCUGUAUGUAUUUCUAUCUCAAACUCUUGGAUAACACCGCCGCCAUCGGACGAUGCUGCGACGGCCAACAAUGGCAUGUAGAAGAAGGUCCUGAAGUACCUUCCGAAGCUGACCUACGCCGCCAACAACGACAACCUCUCCGACUGCGCAAUUUGCCUGGCGGAGUUCGCCGCCGGAGAUGA